GCCGGCUGGCUGUCGACAUGGAGCAGAAGUGGGAUUUGUAUUGUCUUUCCGGGCUUUUCUUUAAAUGAAACCCGGAAAAGUAUUUUAUUUAAAAAAUCUACGAACCGUGAUUCAUCAUGGCGCGGAGAUACCGCGACGCUGCAGCAAAACUGCAGCAAAAUAUCCAGCGUCACCUGCAAGACAUGAAGGAACUUUCUUCGUCUGAUGAUGAGGACCCAUACGACUCCGAGUUGCUUGAUGGAGUCUUCAGGAGUUACUGGAGCGGUGGCGGGGACUCCCAGUUGCUGAAUCGCACGAGAUGUCUUAUAGAAGAAGCACUAAGCGGUCGGUCCGUCACCUGCCUUAUUUGCAUCGGUUCUAUCAAAAGGGCUGAUGCGAUAUGGAAUUGUGGCCAUUGCUAUUCCUAUUUUCACCUUUCCUGUAUACAGAAGUGGGCCAACGACUGUGUUAGUCUUAAACCUGAGGAGAGCCAAGCCCCCAUAUCUGUGGUUGUUCCCAAAAAAAUAGACUGGUGCUGUCCAAAAUGUCGGCAUUCUUACACUAAGGAGCAGAUACCGCAGAAGUAUAAAUGUUACUGUGGUAAGACUGUUGAUCCAUCCGUCCAUCCAUGGUUAAUACCACAUUCUUGUGGUGAAGUUUGUAUGAAGAGGUUGUCUACAGGAAGUCACUGUAUGCACAAGUGUUUGUUGCUCUGUCACCCAGGGCCAUGUCCACCUUGUCCUCAGACUGUUGAUGGCACUUGUUACUGUGGAAAACAAAAGAAGAAGGUCAGAUGUAGCUCAGAUAAAUGGUCCUGUAGGCAGCAGUGUAAGAAACUACUACUUUGCAAGUCUCAUAGAUGUGAAAACGAGUGUCAUGAAGAAGACUGCCCACCCUGCAGCUACACCAGCUUGCAGCCAUGCCAAUGUGGCACAGAAAAAGCAAAAAGACCAUGUAAUGACCCAAAUUGGCAAUGUCAAAAACCAUGUAACAAGCCCUUUGAUUGUGGGUACCACAAAUGUGAGAAAGUAUGCCACUCUGGCACUUGUGGAACCUGCCCUAAUUCCGGCAUGCGUUCCUGUCCAUGUGGAGCUAAUCGGCGCUUUGUCCAAUGUCCAGAUUUUAUUGAAACCUGUCUUGGUACUUGUGGUAGGAAACAUGAGGAAUGUGUUCACAGCUGCCCGGAGAAAUGCCACAAGGGCCCAUGUCCACCAUGCCAAGUCCUGGUUCAGAAAAAAUGUUACUGUGGAGCUCAUACAAGGUCCCUGCCAUGCAGUAAGGAGUUUAAAUGCGAGUCCAAAUGCAGGGGCACUAGGCCAUGUGGUAAACAUCCCUGUGCACGUAAAUGUUGCAAUGGUAGAUGUCCACCUUGUGAGAAGAUUUGUGAUAAACCUCUGCAGUGUGGUAGGCAUAAAUGCACCACAGUUUGUCACCACGGCCCUUGCUACCCCUGCCCCAGGGAGUCAAAAGUGAGCUGCAGAUGCAAAGAGACCUACAUCACUGUUCCUUGUGGUAGAGAGAAGAAUGUUAAACCACCAAAGUGUACCCUGCCUUGCAAAUUCAAAUACAAAUGUGGACAUGGAGUGGAAAACAAACAUUCCUGCCAUUUUGGAGAUUGUCCUCCUUGUAAAGCUAUUUGUGAUAAGUCAUAUCUAAAGUGUGAACAUAAGUGUAAGGCUGUAUGUCAUGAAUAUGUAGCUGUAGUCUUCAAACAGGUUGAGAAACCAGCAACACCAUGGGAGGUGCAGCCCCCAAAGACGAAAAUAAUGGCAUUAGAUUGCCCCCCUUGUGAGACUCCUGUCUCUGUCAUUUGUUUUGGAGAACAUGAGACAGAAAAUCAGCCCUGUCACUCUGCGAGGCGUCGCCCUUGCGGGCGCGAGUGCGGGCGACCCCUCGCCUGUGGAAACCAUUCAUGUACUUUACUCUGUCAUUUAUACAACCCUGAUCCAGAUUACCCAAAUGUGCCUUAUAAAUGUAGGCCAUGUAACAGAGAAUGCCUAGUUCCCCGUCCAGUAAAAUGUGCACAUAAAUGCCCUAAACGCGAAUGUCACCCAGGUGAAUGCCCACCGUGUGAGAUUUUGGAACGUAUCCCCUGCCACUGUGGCAUCACAGAACUUUAUUUACGUUGCAGAGAGCUCUCUCAAACCACUGAAGAAAUUCUGUCUUGCAAACAACAGUGUUCAAGGAAUCUAGAGUGUGGACAUCGUUGCAAGAAUAACUGCCAUUCAGGUCCAUGUGGAAAACAAGUUUGUACCAAAAAGACAAAAGUUUACUGCCCAUGCAGUAACAUAAAGAAAGAAGCACCAUGCAAUGCUGUCAGGAAAGGAGAAGUAACAAUAACAUGUGAUGAAAGUUGUGAGGUAAAGAAACUAGCAGUUAAACAGGAGAAGGAAAAAGAAGCACAGAGAUUGAAACAGCUGGAAGAAGAGAGAAAUAGAAAAGAGUUAGAGGAGUAUGAGUGGAAGUUAAGUGGAAAGAAAAAGAAGUAUAAGGAAAAGAAGGUUGCAGUUGUGAAAGAUAACAGAAAUUGGUUGCAAAAAUAUUGGAUUCAAAUUUUAUCUAUUUUAAUUGUAAUUUUUGCAGCGCUGUAUUUUGUAUUUUAUGUGUGACUUGUGAAAUUAUUUAAGUAAAAAUAACCGAUACAGAAGAAGACAUACUUUGAGUGAUAUUUUCUUGUCAUUAAAAAUGGCUUCAUUCAAAAUUAUAAGAUUUUAGAAACCAGUUGCUAGUUUAUUUCAAUUAUUUAAAUGUUUUAUAGGGCCUAGACAAUUAGAAUUAUUAUUGGUGUUAGAAUUGUUCAAUACCAUAGAGGUAGAUUGGCAGACUGGUAAUAUCUACAUGCCAUUAUUUGGUAGGUACCUAUACAUGAACUAGAAUAGUAAUUUAUUAACUGGUAACGCCUUUGAUUUGUUUAAGCAACAAUCACGGUAAUAAGCAUAUUGUGAAUGCACAUACGAUUUUAAAAUAAAUAGGUAUAAUGCCUGUAUAAUGGUGCUAAUUCCUGUAAAUACCAUCUAAUUUUAUUUUAAGUUAUAUCUGUCAUUUUCUUAUCCGCCGAAAAGGGAAGGGACGGGUAAUCGACAAGCAUAAAAUUUAUGGAACACACGUCAAUUUUAAGCACAAAUCGAAACCAACCGUCUAAAAAUUUUACAUCAGUCAAUAACCCGACACAUUCAUUUACUCAUUCUUCCUAAAAUUAAGAGCUGUGAAUCAUCCGUCCCUUUCCUUUUCGACGGAUAUGAAAAUGACGGAUAUAACUUAAAAUAAAAUUAGGCGGUGUCUCCAGGAAUCGGGGCCAAUGUGUAUCCUAACAGUCUAUAGUCCUAUCUGUAAGUCUUAUUAUGAUUCCUAUUGUAAUUUUUAAUAAAAGACAUUUUGAUAUAA